AUGGCGACGCUGACUCAAACCUCCGUGCCGGACAGGUUCCAGUCACAUGUCGCAUUCGACAAUCUGCCGCUGGGCGAGGCGACUAAGAACAACACGCUCUCGCUGACGCUGGAUGUGCGACACAAGGGUUAUCAGGCGCAACGACGAUCGCGUACGUUCAUGGUAGGCGUCGACGAACAUGCCUAUUCCGAUUAUGCAUUGCAAUGGCUGCUCGACGAGCUUGUCGACGACGGAGACGAAGUUGUGUGCGUGCGCGUGAUCGAAAAGGAGCUCCGAGCGACCGAUACCAACAAGGCCUACCAGGAUGAGGCGCAAAGGGUUAUGGACAGCAUAGUCAAGCGGAAUGGCCUGAAUCGCGCCAUCAAAAUCGUGCUGGAGUAUGCGAGCGGCAAGCUGCAUGCGACAUUUCAGCGACUGAUCCAAAUCCAUCAACCUGCUAUGCUCAUUGUAGGGACGAGAGGCAGGUCGCUGGGCGGUCUGCAGGGACUGGUCAACACGCGCAACUCCUUCUCCAAAUACUGUUUGCAGUAUUCACCCGUUCCUGUCGUCGUCGUCCGACCAACAGAGAAGCGGGAGAAGAAGAAAAGUAAGAGGAAGAACGACUCCGAACGCCAAACGUACGUGCGGAUGCUGUCGGCGACAGGGGGAAGCAUGAGGCCGAUAGCGAGAGGAGCAGCAUGUACAAUGUGGAGGUUCACAACACUGCAGACGAAGAGGCCCACCAAGUGGCCAAGGCGCUGGGUCUGCCGGCAGCCUUUGACCCGACCAUUAAGCCGGUGGACUUGA